AAACAAAUAUCAUCAUCAUGGCCAUGAAAAACGGGAAAAAAUCAUCGAUCAGACGAUGUAAUGUUUUCAAAUGUACGUUGAUGCCGGCUACCAGCGAAACGACGAAAAAUGAUGAAAAAAUCACUAAAGAAUCUACUACGGAUAGAAUAACGACCAUAAACAAACGACCAAAUAAUAAUAAUAGUUUUUAUAUGAAAUGUGCAAAAAAACGCCAGGAUAAAGGUUUAGUUAUUCUUCCACGUAAUAUUGAAACAAAAAUUUAUAAAAUGAAAAAAAUUUUACAACGUAAAAAUUUGGAUCCAAAUGAAAUCCGACUGAUUGUUAGGAAAAAACGUCGUGAAGAAGAAAAUCGUCUUCGUUAUGACAAUAAACGCGUUUGUUUUAAAUGUCGACAGCCUGGACAUUUAGUAUCGGAUUGUCCAUCAAUUGAUCAAUCAUCCGAUGACCGUAAUGAAUUGACAAAUAUUUGUUAUUUUUGUUGUUCAAAUGAACAUAAAUUAUCUGAAUGUAUUAAAUAUCGAAAACAAUUGAAACAACAUUCAGCCAAUGAUAUUAAUUUACCAUUUGCAAAAUGUUUUAUUUGUCAUCAAAAUGGACAUUUAACAAGAAAUUGUUCAAUGAAUAAAAAUGGUGCAUUUCCAAAUGGUGGUAAAUGUCGUAGUUGUGGUUCAAUUAAUCAUACGCUAAAAGAAUGUCCAAAAAAUAAAACCAAAUUCGAAGACGAAGAAGAAAUUUUAUUGCCAACCUUAAACGAUGUUGGCUGUAGUGUUGAUAUUGAUGAAUUUUCAAUGGAAAAAUCCAUAAAUCAAAUUAUGGAAAAUAAGAAAAUUGUAAAAUUUUAACCAUAAAUUAAAAUG